AUGCUGCCGCGUUUGCAGUUAGUUAACCUCAAAGGCUUCUCGUUCGGACUGGCAUCUGUGAGAGUAGGUCAACCCGAAGAAGAGGAGAACUGGCUGAGUGUUUCUACCUAUCAUGCUCCAACUGCUAGCACUGCUAGCACUACCAGCACAGAUACUAGUACUACUGGUUCCCAUGAUGAUUCCAAAGUGGAGGAAGAAAAUGCCAAGGCCAGCUCUGACUCAGAGCUCUCUGAUGCAUCUGCUGCCACUGGUGCCUCUGGUGAAUCUAAGGCCGCGUGUGUUGGUGCUGCUACGUACGAGGAUGGGGACGGCAGUGACAAGGAGCCUGGACUGCUUGCUGCUUGCCGGCGGAUGGCCAAUGGAAUGUUCCCUUCGUUUAUCAGAAAGAGCAGUGAGUUUGGCACCAUCAUCGCUGCACACACCUGCCCCCAGCUCAGCUUCCACAUUAUACGACAUGGAAGCUACUGGGAUCUCUUUGUCACCUUCUUCUUCCUCGGGUGGACAUCGUUUGGUGGUGCCGCCGCCCAUAUCGCCAUGUACCACAAGCAGUUUGUGGAGCUGAGAGGCUGGAUGUCAGAGGACAUGUUUGCAGAGCUCCUGGCGCUCACCCAGACAGUACCCCGCCCAUCCAUCAUGCAGAUGUGGAUGUCAGAGGACAUGUUUGCAGAGCUCCUGGCGCUCACCCAGACAGUCCCCGGCCCAUCCAGCACGCAGAUGUCUCUUGCCAUCGGCAUCAUGCAGAAGGGCAUCACUGGCGGCUUCCUCUCCUGGAUUCUCUUUCAACUCCCUGGCGCGCUCAUCAUGAGUGCCGCUGGCUUUGGCGUCGCCAAGGUGGGUGAGAAGGAGGGAGUGAGAGAAAGAGUUGGUGCCACAUGCGUUAUUUGUUCAUUCCACCAUUGCUGGUUCUUCUCCAACACACCAUCCGCUAGCUUCCUCUCCUGGAUUCUUCUCCAACUCCCUGGCGCUCUCAUCAUGAGCGUCGCUGGUUUUGGCGUGGCCAAGCUAUCUGCACCCCUCCGUACCUGCGCUCACCCCCUCCAGUUCCUGGUGGAUCCACCGGCAUGGCUCUCUGCUAUCUCCGCUGGAUCGAUAGCGGUGGCGGUGGCGCUAAUAGCAGAUGCGGCAGUGAUGCUGGGGAGCAAGAUGUGCCUGAACAGAGUCACACGCAUGCUCUGCGUCACCUCUGCUGCAAUAACUUUUUACUGCACCACACAGUGGAUCUUCCCCACGGUCAUUCUCCUCGGCGGCGUGGUCACCUACUUCACGGAGCGCAACAAGCCCAUCCCGCCGCAGCGCAGCAACAUUCAGAAGCUGGGCGUGUCGCCGCUGGGCUUCUAUAUGACCGGAUCGGUGACGUACGGAGGAGGGCCCGUGAUGCUGCCUCUGCUAGAGAGCAUAGUGAUCGAGCAUGACACUGUGUGCCCCGCUGGUGGGGGAAAGUGCUUUGAGGUGGAUGCCAACACCACUAUGAUCACCACACAGCAGUUUCUUGCUGGUCUCGCCCUCUCACAGGCCAUUCCCGGCCCGCUUUUCAACUUCGCCGCCUACCUUGGCGCAGUGGCCAUUCGCGGCCCGCUCUUCAACUUCUCUGCCCUCCUUGGUGCUGUGAUGGGUGGGAUCCAAGGGUUGGCAACAUGUUGGAUCGCUAUCUUUGCACCAGGUGUUCUCAUCAUCAUCGGUGUGCUUCCUUACUGGGGCCAGUUCCGCAAAUGGAAGCUGUACAAGCGGGCAACGCCGGGAUUAAACGCCACAGGAAUCGGUCUCAUCUGGGCAUCUGCGUUCUCUCUGGGUCUCAAGGCAUACAAAGUCAGCCCCUUCCCCAUGGCAUCACUCUGCAUCGGCAUGUUUGGAUACGCUAGCACUAGCUUCCUCAAAAUUUCUCCUCCUCUCGCCAUCGUGGGCGGAGCAGCACUAGGGGAUUAUAUGAAGAAUGCGCGCAGGAGGUCCAUAGCCUGCAGGAACAAGGGGCACGGAGGGGCACGGAGGGGUACGGAGGGGUACGGAGGGGCACGGAGGGGCACAGAAGGGCAUGGAGGGGCACAGAUGGGCACGGAGGAGCACGGAGGGGCACGCAAGGCCACGGUGGGACACGGAGGGGCAGGGAGGGGCAAGGAGCGGCACAGUGGGGCACGGAGGGGCACGGUGGGGCACGGUGGGGCACGGAGGGGCAUGGAGGGGCACGGAGGGUCACGGAGGGGCACGGAGGGGCAAGGAGGGGCACGGUGGGGCACGGUGGGGCACGGAGGGGCAUGGUGGGGCACGGUGGGGCACGGUGGGGCACGGUGGGGCACGGAGGGGCACGGAGGGGCAUGUUGGGGCACGGAUGGGCACGGAUGGGCACGAAUGGGCACGGAUGGGCAUGAAAAUGAGACCAUGCAGAGUUAG